ACUCACUGGCAACCGCGGCUUUUCCUCAGGAAGAUUUGAGAGACUAAAUGAGUUCACCAAAAGACAAAGAUGGGGCUGAUGUGGGUACAGAGGUCCUGAAUAUUACCCAGGGAGAAGAGGCACUCGACUCCUUGCUUGAAGACGAUGGAAAGGGAAACGCCAAGUUAGACAACACAUCGCAAAAUUCUCUGAAUAGUGAGGCUAUGGAUAACACCUCUGACCUCUCGGCGGAUUCAUUGGUACAGUCAACGGACUCUGCAAUAGCUGUCUCUCCUGACCUGGAACCAGACCAGGAGACUCAGGACUUUGGUAAAAAGGAGACGGUUGUUCUGAACAAGAAUGGGCCGACAGGAGGUUCAGAGGUUGAGCAGCAGAAGGAGGAGCAGAAGGUGGAGGAAGCAAAUAAAGGUGAAGAAGAGGAAAGAAGUAAAAUACAGGAGGCUGUCAUACAAGACAAGCAGGAAGUAAAGCAGGAUAAGCAGAUCCUACUGAAGGAAAACAGUUCGGAAGAGGAUGGCUAUGAAGAAGAAGAGGAAGACGAGGAGGAUGUCAGUGAAAGUGAAAUGGUUGUUUCGGCAUCAAUCCAGUUUCCUCUUGCUAAAAAGGCUGACAAGGAGCCUAGUGCUGAAGAUAGCAGUGAAUGCAAAGAGGAGGCAGAGGAGCCUCAGGUCAACGCAUCACCAGAAGUAAACGAAGGAGUCACAGUCCAAGUCCAGCAUCUGGUUACACAACAGCCUCCCCCCAAAGAAGGCAGCCCUUCAGGUUGUGAAAGCGAUGUGGAAGAUAACACCGAAGAGGACUCGAAGAGUAUAUCCGAGUCAUCCCUCCCUGUGCCUCUGGCAUCAACCCCGAGUCGCAUCCCCAGCACUGUGCAGUUGCCUGAAACUGUUUCACGGCUGGACACCCCAUUCGGUAGUUCUGUCUUCCUGGUGGGAACGGCACAUUUCUCACGGGAGAGCCAAGAGGAUGUUGCAACUACAAUCAGAACAGUCAAACCUGACAUAGUUGUUGUGGAAUUGUGUAAAGCACGUACUGCCAUCCUCCAGCUGGAUGAGGAAACAAUCCUUCAGGAGUCAAGAAGCCUUGACUUCAAAAAAGUACAAAUGAUCAUGAAACAGCAUGGAAAGAUCCAGGGCAUUUUGUACUUGCUUCUUCUCUCUUUGUCUGCACACAUCACAAAACAGCUGGGAAUGGCACCAGGAGGAGAGUUCCGCACAGCUUUCUCGGAGGCACGCAGAUCAGCUCCAGGUUGCCUGAUACAGCUGGGUGAUAGGCCAAUCCAGGUUACAUUGUCCCGUGCCUUAGCGUCACUCUCUCUCUGGCAUAAAGUGAAGCUUACCUGGCAUAUACUUACAUCAAAAGAACCAAUUAGCAAGGAAGAAGUGGAAAAGUGCAAGCAAAGAGAUUUCAUAGAAGAAAUGCUUGCAGAGAUGACAGGGCAAUUUCCUGCAAUUAGUGAAGUGUUUGUUAAGGAAAGAGAUAUUUACCUGUGUCGCUCCCUCCAAGCUGCUGCUCAACCUGUUCCGAACCCCAUGUCACCCUCUGGUAUGUCACCACGCGUUGUUGUCGGAGUGGUGGGUAUUGGCCACGUGCCCGGAAUCGUGGAACACUGGGGCAAGAUUACCGAUGAAGACAUUCCUCCUAUCAUGAGGAUACCACCGCCCAGUUUAUCAAGCCAAAUCCUGAAGGUUACUGCCAAGAUUACAGUGUACGGUCUCAUUGGGUAUGGUGUGUACAAGUGUUUGCCAAGUGCGGCAAAGUCCAUGAUCAACUCUUCUGUCCAAUCAACGGUGUUGACGCUGAAAUCCCUACCUGAACAAUGGACAAAGGCUUUGAUAAACUGCAAUAUGAUCUUACUGAAAUUGAAUGAAGCUCACUGUACAGGAAGAAAAGAAGAAAAUAUUAUGGAAGGAAUGGAGAAAGUUAUAGAUAGCCCUACAUUUGCAGAAACAUCAACACUGCCAUUAAACACUGAUUCCAGAUGUAGAAAACAAUUAGAAUCCAUUAAUGAUCAUUUAACUCUCCAGUCAAUCAGUCAUGUAGGUGAAGGAAAUGGGGAAACAGAAUGCACUUAUGUCGCGAGUGAAAGUUUCAGCUCCUACAAAGAGAAAAGUAAAUGUUUCAGUCUUAGAGCCAACAAGGAAGGAGGGGCUUUAUCUCCUCUGCUCCUGGCUGGAGAAUUGAAAGGAGGUGAAUGUGAAGGUAACAAAGGUGCACAUUCUGAUUUGCCAGCAAGCAAAAAACGAAGGAAGAUAUGUGAAGAACAGGCUUUGUCUUUGAUAGCCCCAGGAACUAGGGAAGUGGAGGGUAUAUCUUGUGUGAAAGGGUUAAAUGACUGCAAUAAGGUUGAUAAACCUUCUGCAUUAAGUGUGUCAGAUUUAGUUUUUGAUAAUGGGAAAAAGGCCUUCAAUCAUGAUGCAGUAGGUAAGGCAGUUGAUAGUUCUCUAAGAAGAGUGAGUGAUGAAUCCGAGCCGAGUACAUCAAGUGUGAGAAAUAUACCAGAAUACAUAGGAUGCCAGCAAGCUGAAGAUGAAUAUGAGCAUGUUGUGUGUGGUCUCAUAUAUUGUGCAUCGUCAUUUCCAGGGUCAAGUAUUGACAUGGUAAAAUUCAAUGCUGAUCAGAUUGAGGGUUGUAAGUGUGUUAAUACUUGCUCUGAGGACUGCACUUGCAUUGUUCAAUUUGGGCAACCAUAUAAAGAUGGAAAACUUGAUGCAGGUUAUGGAAUCAAUCCUAUAUUUGAGUGCAAUGAUGAAUGUGGUUGUGAUGAAUGUUGUCCUAAUCGCUUAGUCCAAAAAGGACCGUUAAAUGGAUUAGAAAUUACUUUAUAUUCAGAGAAGGGUUUCGGUGUUCGAACUACAUAUUUCAUUCCUCAAAAUUCAUUUGUGUGUGAAUAUGCUGGGGAACUCAUCAGCAUCCAAGAAGCAAAAAUUAGAUUUGCAAAACAAAAGGAAAAUGAGUCCAACUACAUUUUAGUUAUGAGAGAACAUUUUGGAGGUAAAAAGACUGGACCACAAAUUACCGUCAUCGAUCCAACAGUUAUCGGAAAUUUGGGGCGAUACAUUAACCAUUCUUGCAGUCCGAAUUUGAUAGUUGUUCCAGUUAGAAUAGACAGUAUGGUUCCAGUGGCAGCAUUAUUUGCCAUUCGAGAUAUACAGCCAGGAGAAGAGCUCUGCUACGACUACGAUUCCAGCAACAUCAUCAGCAGCGGAGCCUCUCAGCUUACUGCGAAUAUGCCAUCAUUACAGAGAGGGAGAAGCAGCUCAUUCAGUGAGCUUUCAUUUGGAGAUGCUCAAAACAACAUUACGUCAACUGCAGUGGCUAUGUCCUCAGGAGAAAAUCAAGAAAAUUAUGCCCAAAGUGGCUACAAGCAACAACAACAGGUUAUGAAGAAGAUAAAUGUUGCUCAUGAAUCAGGAUCCAAACCAGUGAUCUCCAAACCUUGUUUGUGUGGAUCAGAAAAUUGUAAGGUGUUCUUACCUGUAAACAAUAUGUUGUUUUAGGUUAUAAGGGUUGAUGUGUUUUAUGCAUUAUAUAUAUAUAUAUAUAUAU